AUGGCGCCAGUGGUAUCUGAGGUGAUGACAGUGCAGAGUUCUGGUGUGGGGUUAGGGACUCGGCAUGAAGUGCAAGAUAAUGGAUUAGAGAACAAUAUGAAAUUGAGGAUGGUGGAUGUGGCGCAGGAGGAUUUAUUAGCUAUUGUUGUGAAUCAAUCUGAAGUAUUACAAGGUGGAGAUUUUGUUGCGCAGGGUACAGAUAGUGUGUUGAUAGAGGAGGAAUGUGCUAUGGCUGCUUCGGUGGCCAGUUUUUCUGAUACAGAAAUAUUGGUGGAUAACGCUUUGACUAGUAAGGAGGUUUGUUCUGAUUCUGAUACACAGGAACGUGGGAAGAAAAGGGGCGAGGCAAUUGGAAUGAAAGUUCGAAGCAGUAAACGGCCGAAAGUUGUUGUGUUAGCAGAGCCAUUUCUACGUGAUGAAGUAUUGGAUGACGUAAAAAGGAUGUUGGGUUUUGAUUGUGGUUUCUCGAAUGGGGAUUGGGACGGUAAAUUGUGGAUAUUUUGGAUGAAUGAUGUAGAUGUGAAUGUGAUGAGCUGCGGUUCUCAACAUGUUACAGUUAUUGUGUCUACUGGUCUGAUGAAAUGUAAAGCUUCCUUUGUCUAUGCUAAGUGUACGUAUGUUCAACGGCGGGAGCUGUGGGCUGAUCUUGAAAAGGAGAGUAACGGUAUUGAACCUUGGAUAAUAACAGGGGAUUUUAAUAUUAUUGCUUCUGAUGUGGAAAGAAGAGGUGGUCGUUCACGUUCCUUGUUGGCGAUGGAGGAGUUCAACUCUUGGAUUCAUUCUUGUGGAUUACAAGAGUUAAAAUUCUUGGGUAAAAGUUUCUCUUGGUGUAAUGGGCAGGCUGGGCGUUCUCGUAGCUGGGCUCGGUUGGAUCGUUCGUUGGUUACGCCGAAUUUUGUUCAAGCAUUUCCGGACUCUUUCAUGAGAUGCGUCCGAGAGGUCUGGGAUCAACCGGUGGUUGGUACUGGCCUCAUCAAGCUUGCGGUGAAAUUAAAGAAAUUGAAGACUGUGCUGAAAGGAUGGAAUAAAACUGUUUUUGGAUGGACAAGUGGGCAUAUUAAGCAGUUGGAGGAUCGGAUAGAGAGACUGGAGGAGAGCUUGCAGCUGAACUAUGAUGAAGAGGUAGAAAGUGAUUUGCUGGCGUCCAAAAUGGAGUUACAGACCUGGAAUAAUCGUGAAGAAAUGCGGUUAGCCCAGUGUGCGAAAGUCCGUUGGUGGCGUCAUGGAGAUCAAAAUUUGCGUUAUUUUCAUGCUCUCUUGAAUAAACGGAGGCAAUCAAAGAUUACGGAGAUGAGGCUCCCGAAUGGUUUAAUGCUAAAGUCCCCGCAAGAAAUUCAUGAUGGUGUUGUGCAUUAUUUUCGGGAAUUCUUGGGGCAGUCGUCUCGAGUAGUACUUCCAGAGCUGAGUGAUUAUGUUUCUAUUGUGAUUUCGGAUGAUGAUAAUCUAAGACUAUGUUCGGUUCCUACAGAAGAGGAGGUGAAACAAGCAGUGUUCAGCAUUCCUAUUGAGAGUAGUCCACGGCCUGAUGGUUUUGGGUCGGGUUUUUAUAGAGCAUGUUGGGAUAUUGUUAGUUUGGAGGUGGUGGAGGCGGUUCAAGAAUUUUUUCGAGGGAUUCCUCUUCCCAGAUUCUACACUGCUUCUUUUGUAGUACUUAUUCCAAAAAUGGAUCAGUCGACCAGAUUUGAUAAGUUUCGGCCUAUUAGCUUAUGUUCCGUCUUCUACAAAAUUUGCACUAAGGUUUUGGUGGCGAGGCUUGCUCCUUUAUUAUCCUCUUUGAUCUCUUCUGAGCAAUGUGCGUUUAUUCCAGGUAGGAGUAUCUUUGAUAAUAUCAGUAUUACACAGGAGAUGGUGCAAUCGCUUAAUAAAAAGGCGAUGGGGGGUAAUAUUAUUUUGAAACUGGAUAAGGCUAAGGCUUAUGAUAGGGUGGAAUGGGAUUUUCUUUUACAUGUUUUGAUAGCCUUUGGUUUUUCUUCCUCUGUUAGUGGUUUGAUCAGGAAUUGCAUUGCUUCACCUUGGUAUUCGAUUAUGAUGAAUGUGAUUUUUGCUAAUGGAGGAAAGCGUUCUUUGAAAGAAUUGAUGAAGGUUAUUGAGACUUAUGAGUCUUGGUCUGGGCAGCAGGGAAGAUAUGAGGAUUUGAAUCAUGUCUUUCUUGAAGGUGACAUUGCUGCUGGGAUUUGGAAGAGGUUUUCGACUAUUUUGGGUGUUCCUUACGACCCAAAUAAACGUUGUUGUGGCAACGUCGAUGUAAGGCAAGGAUGGAAGACAAAUGUUUUUCGGUGGAAGUGCUUUGGAGGUCUAUUUGUAUCUGGUUAA